CUCAGUGAGCUUUGACUUUGAACAACCCUUGUUUUUCCAGGCGAUAUCUUAUGAAAGCUUAAAUUAAAUAUCUUAUCACUGGGAAUCCGAAAAUCUAAAAAAAUGUUUGAAACUUUAACGAGAUAUCUGUUUUAUCGAUGUAUCGAGUGUUGUCGUCGUUUUGACAUUUUAUUGAAAGUAGGGGAAAUACAUCCAGUGAAGUCUGGGAAUCCUAAACCUGUUUAUUUUCGAAAAUAUAAGGUUUGUAUGUUUUCUACCAAUUUAUUAGCCAUGACAUCACCUACAAUCUAUCGAAGUGCUGAAUCAGUGUUAAAUGCAUUAAACGCUCAUAAAGCUGAUAAUAUAGAAGCAGUUAAUACACUGAUAGAAGUCUAUAAUAAUGCAUUGAAUGCAUUUAUGGAAGAUGAAAAACAGAAUCCGGUAACCAAUAGACACCCACUGGUAGUACUUGAAGGUUUGGACGGUUGUGGCAAGUCGACUGUUUCUAAAAAAUUAGCAUCAAAGUUACAAGCAGAAAGAUGGUGUACACCUCCUGAAUCUAUCAAAAACAUCCGUCAUCUAUUUGAUGAACAUGCAGUGUUACGAACUGCAUAUUAUGCAUUAGGAAAUUAUAUCGCAGCCCUUGAGUGUUCCAUAUUGUUGAAAAAACAGCCAGUAAUUAUGGACAGAUACUGGCAUUCAACUUCUGCAUAUGCUAUAGCACAAGCAGUGAAUGAUUUUCCUGGAGAAGUAGAAAUACCACCAGAAGGCGACACUUUUUACCACUGGCCAAACGAUUUAUUAAAACCCAAUCUGGUUUUAUUUUUAGAUGUAAAUGAGGAUAAUCGAAUUCAAAGACUUUCAAGAAGGACUGAAAUCACUCUCCAAGAAAAUUUGUUGAGAAACUCACAACAGUUUAGGGAUAACAUCAUCUUAGCAUACAAGAAUAUGGUAAGCCCUCAAGCAAUUUUUGUUGACUCCAAUUUGAAAAUGAAUAAAGUAAUCGCCGCAAUUAAUGAUAAAUUGCAAGACGUACUGAAGUAAGUUAGUUGAGAUUGGAUCAGAAUUUGACUACAUGUUAAAAAAUAAAUUUUAUUGUUAAAAUAAAACUUUAUAAGGA